AUGUUUUUCCUCUAUGCAAUUCCCCUCUAUUUCGUUUGUGCCGUGGCAGCGCUGAACACUCUCACGUGGCUCCUGAAGGCGCUUUCGCUCCACGAGACUAAACACCAGCACGGACUCGGCCUCAACCUCGCCCCCGUGAGAUACCUCAUCAACACCACCUACAAAGUCAAUUCGUGGAUCCCGUUUCUGGACAAGCCCGAGACGUUUGUCAAGGAGAUCCGCGUGCAUCCAAUCAAAUCUUUCCCCGCGCUGAGUGUCCAGACAUGGAAAGUCACCGAACACGGGCUUGACUGCGACAGAAUGUACAUGCUAGGCAAAUUCGAUAAUGUGCAGCAAAAAUGGGUCAUGGUAUCGCUGAGACAGUACGCAUCGCUGAGCAAGGUCGAGCUUCGUCUGGAAGACGACCAUUUCGUCGUUGGCUAUAAAAACAAGGACUACUUCAGCGUGCCCAAAACCGUCUCCAAUGACUACCUGGAGAAGAUGUCGGGGAGCCCCCAGCAGGCAGAGCUGUGGAAAGUCGACUUCGAGGUGGUGACACUCGAAAAGCUCGACAUCCAGCCGUUUCUUGCCGCCGUUGGGCUGCCAGAACACUACAAGCUGCUGUACGCUCCGUUUGGGAAACUGGUCGUCACCAACUCGCCGAAACACCUCACCGCACUGCCCAACUACACGCCCGGCUCGCACCAAAAGUACCGCGUCACAAAGUUCCAGGACUACUUCCCGAUCUUGCUCAUUUCCGACGCGGACAUCAAAGACCUCAACGCUCGUCUCGCCAAAGAACAUGGGCCAGAAGUGCACACCACCUCGACCAAUUUCCGUCCCAAUAUUGUCAUCGACGGGCCGAAAAAACCGUACGACACGGACGACUGGUACCGCUUUACGAUCAGUGGCAAGGAGUGGCUGGUUGCAUCCAAAUGCCCGCGCUGCUCGAUCCCAAACAUCGACUUCGACACAGGCAAGCAGCGUGCCAAACAGCCGGUCUCGCGCACGCUGGCGUCGUUCCGCCGCGUCGAUGUGGGCGAGCCUAAUCUGACCUAUUUCGGCGUCAACGCGGUGCAGGUCGAACACGGCUACAUGGUAAGCGUCGGCGACCGUGUGAAGCUGCUCGAACGCCGUCUCAACCGGUACGGCGAGUUGGUGUAG